GUGAGUCACAACACCCAGGAGGGCAGCAGCAGGCAGGCAGCUCCACUCACCAAAAUCUGGCCCCACACACAGCAGGACUGUGGGAAGGAACUCCCUCUCCAUGGCUUCCUUGGGGCAGAUCAUCUUUUGGAGUAUUAUUAACAUCAUCAUCAUCCUGGCUGGGGCCAUCGCACUCAUCAUUGGCUUUGGCAUUUCAGUCUUUCCAGUCAUGUCUUUUUGUGUCCUUCUCUACUUCUAACUGAUCUGGACAUCUCUGUCCGGCAUGUACUAAUGAAGAACAUGGCUGCCCAAGUACCAGGGCCUCACUGGCAUGGGUCCUUCCUGAACCGCAGGCAAGCACUUCAUCACGGUCACGACCUUCACCUCAGCUGGAAACAUUGGAGAGGACGGGACCCUGAGCUGCACUUUUGAACCUGACAUCAAACUCAACGGCAUCGUCAUCCAGUGGCUGAAAGAAGGCAUCAAAGGUUUGGUCCACGAGUUCAAAGAAGGCAAAGACGACCUCUCACAGCAGCAUGAGAUGUUCAGAGGCCGCACAGCAGUGUUUGCUGAUCAGGUGGUAGUUGGCAAUGCUUCCCUGAGACUGAAAAACGUGCAGCUCACGGAUGCUGGCACCUACACAUGUUACAUCCGCACCUCAAAAGGCAAAGGGAAUGCAAACCUUGAGUAUAAGACCGGAGCCUUCAGUAUGCCAGAGAUAAAUGUGGACUAUAAUGCCAGUUCAGAGAGUUUACGCUGCGAGGCUCCUCGGUGGUUCCCCCAGCCCACAGUGGCCUGGGCAUCUCAAGUCGACCAAGGAGCCAAUUUCUCAGAAGUCUCCAACACCAGCUUUGAGUUGAACUCUGAGAAUGUGACCAUGAAGGUCGUAUCUGUGCUCUACAAUGUCACAAUCAACAACACAUACUCCUGUAUGAUUGAAAACGACAUUGCCAAAGCCACCGGGGACAUCAAAGUGACAGAUUCAGAGGUCAAAAGGCGAAGUCAGCUGCAGUUGCUGAACUCUGGGCCUUCCCCGUGUGUUUUUUCUUCUGCCUUUGUGGCUGGCUGGGCACUCCUAUCUCUCUCCUGUUGCCUGAUGCUAAGAUGAGGGGCCCUGGCUACACAAAAGCAUGCAACGUUGCUGGUCCAACAGAAUCCCGGAGAACUACAGAAAUAUUUUCCUCAAGACAUGACCUAGUUUUAUAUUUCUAGAAGAAGAUGAAAUCAUGUCUAGAAGUCUGGAGAGAGCAGACAGGAACAAGAUGUGGAAGGAAAACAAAAGUAACCCACAGACACCCCCGAUCGGAACAAGAUGGACCUAGAAAAUAAUUCAACCAAACUAGAGUAUACUAAGUGUGCUGUUACAAUGUGUGUAGGGUAGGUGUCCUCCCACAUCUCAGGGGCCUCCCCUGGUCCACCAGCUCCUGAGUUAGGAUGGGCUGUUAUGAUGUCACUCUGAAGGUUCCUGGAUGGUUCCUACUGCCAUAUACUCAUUUUAUAUUCAGCACAUUAAACCAUAGUGAAUGCUAUGAAAAGCUGCUAAUCAGCUGCCACUCCGAGAUUCGGAGGUGGCAACGUCUGAGUGACAGGUCCAGUGAUUCGCUUCUCCUUAGGAUGCUUUUACAAGCUCUUUGGCGUCUCCUCCCACCUGGCAAAUGCCAAAUGCAUAGGGGAGGGUGAUCAUCAUUCUAGGGCAAACAAAAUAGUUGAGGGAUGCUGAUUUCCCAAAUCAUCCGAAUCACUUCUCCCUUGAGCAAACAAGCGCCCUGUUAUUUCUCAAAUGCUGCUUUGUGAAUCAGUCCAGGGCAAGGCGCUCUCCUCAUCCCGCUAUGUGGCCUUAAGUCAUCGUAAGGUUUGAAGUUUCUACUUUCGAUCCUGCAUGGAGAGCUAUAAUCUCAGCUCCCCCGCCCCCCCCACACACACCUCUGCACACACACCCCCCCCCAACACUGGGAGUAAACCAGGAUGAUGUCCGUCUUCUCAUUCCCCAUGUGACCGUUGGCAGUGUAGAGAGACUGAUUGUCACAGCUAAAGGAAGAGGGACAACAGGGUCACUGGUGUCUACAGAGAUUAUAUUCUACGUGUCUCACUGAAUUUACACAACUCCAAGUGCCAACCACAUCAAGGUCAGGAAAUCCUGAACUGGAAUAAGAAAGACCCAGAAGAUGAAUGUGAACAGAUCCAUUUGCUUCCCGACAGUGGGCACAGACUUCAGUCUCUGGCUACUGUUCCAAGACCCAGGGCUCUGCAAUUGUGUGACAUCCUUCAGUGAACCCACAUGGGAAAUUCUCCAUGGAAUUAUCUUCAGCCCACUGUACUUCUGAAUCCCUCUUCCUUCCUUCUGUGCCACACAGCAAGUCUGGCUUAAAUGCUGCCUGAUCUCCAUUUCAAGUUUUCUGCCUCUGGAUUUUUAGAUCUCAAGACCAUGGACGAAACAUCAGUUACAGCAACAAAAGUGAAUUUUCCGUGCAGAGACUUCUAGGGGUUCUGUUUGUUUUCAGGGUGCUAGAGAUCACACUCAGAUGCUCAUAUAUGUUAGGUAAAUGUUCUCCCACUGAGUUACAGCCCAGCUCACACAGAGACUUCUAAAAGAAAAUACGGCCAUGCUCUUUGAAAUGGAGCAUUGAGGGAUGAAGUUUGGAUGGCGAAGAAAACUUCUCACCAGCUCUCUCCCCACAUUCGUGCCAAGCACUGCCUCCCUAGACUUCGGGUCACCAUAUCUGUACUACGUUUUGAUACAGAAGGCUCGAGACCAUUCAAGAGAAUUAUUUAGUACACAUUCCCUAUGCUGCUGUCCGCCUGGUCUGUCACCAAAGGUGAAAACGAAGAGAUGGAUGAAAGGAUAGAGGAAGUGUAAUAAAGAGGAAUGCCUCCCACAGAAAAUAGGCCUUCCACGAGGGUUAGUUGCAUAAGUGGGAAUGAGUGGGAGUCUGUAUGGGCUGAAUGCCUAAGUCUAGGUACGCAAGAAAAUUCCUCCAGGUUUAUACUAGCCUUGCCUGUUCCUAUCAGGGAAAACAGUUAUUGCUCUUAAUUUGUGAUAGAUAUUUCAGGGGAACAUAUACAAUUGUAUGCACUAGUAUUAUAAGAGACAAUUCGUGUGUGUGUGUGUGUGUGUGUGUGUGUGUGUGUGUGUGUGUGUGUGUAUGUGUGUGUAGAUGGGGUCUCUAUAUAGCCCUUGCUGGUCGGAAACUCUCUCUGUAGACCAGGCUGGCGUCGAACUCACAGAGAUCCAACUACCUCUGCUUCCCAAGUGCUGGGAUUAAAGACAUCACCAUCAAGAAAACUCUUACUACUGAGGAAUUAACAAGUUUUAGAUCUGGAAGAACCUCAAAAUUAUCUUUAAGUCUUUUUAUCAUUCAUAUAAAGAUCCAGGGGCCAAUGGUGAAGUUCAGGUCACCAGUCAGUCUCAGAUUACAUACUUUCUAUUAGUAGCUGGUGGGAAAAUGAUAUCGACAGAGGAAGAAUUUCCAAGGAACCUUAGACCCUCUCCCUUCCUGCAUUCCCAUCUGGGCCCCAAUAUAUCUUACACAGAAAGGACUGUAGGCUUUCUGUCACAUGACAUAACAGCUAAAAUGAGACAAAGGAGGAAGGAUGAAUCUUGUUCAAUCUUAGGGGUCUUGGGACAUGGUUGGUUGGGACAUGGCUGGUUGGUGCCUUUGCUUUGGUCCUGCAGUGAUGUGAGUUUGUUGCAGGGAGCAUUCAGCAAAGCAAAGCCACUCACAUCAUAAUGACAGAAGCAGAAGGAGACAUGAGCAGUGACCCUUCAAGGUCAUACUUCUAAGGGCUUAAAUUCCUCUCCCUUGGAGCUAUCUCCAAAGCCUUCUCUACUGGCUCCAAAGGCUGGAGAGUAAGUUUUUAUUGAAUGCAUGGAUCUCUGCUUAUAUUUCAGAAUCAGAGACCAAAGGUGACUCAAGCUGUAACAUAUAAAUAUUCCUGUCUUGUUCAUGUGUACACACUGCACAUGCAGUAGACAGCAGAUAUGUAUGUUACAAACCAGAAUAUGGUGUGGACCACAAACACCUAUAACUGUUCAAAUCUAAAUGCUAAAGCUAGAGCUAAAGUACAUUUAAGGGAAUAAACCAUCCGACCUUCAAA